UUCUAAACAGACAACACACGGCCAUUAUGUGACGUCAUUAUGGCCUGGUUGGGUUAGGUUUGCUUGGAAAUUUUUGUUAAAAAUCUUGUAUUUUAGUGUAUUAUAUGUUGUGCUACUUAUUUUAGAAUAGUAAUAUAUAUACCUCAAACAGUAGCAGUAAUCCUGGUGCCAAGAAUUGAAUUUCUCGGCGACAUUUUGUGGCGAAAAUGAAUCGCCAUGAAGGAGUCAGCUGUGAUUCUUGUUUGAAAAAUAACUUUAGAGGACGACGAUAUAAAUGUUUAAUUUGCAUCGACUACGACUUGUGUGCCGCUUGUUAUGAAUCCAGAGCGACAUCAAAUCAACAUACAACAGAGCAUCCCAUGCAAUGUAUUCUCUCAAGGAGUGAUUUUGAUCUCUAUUAUGGUGGGGAGACCCUGGCGCUAGAACAGCCACAGGCUUACACAUGCCCCUUCUGCAAUAGGAUGGGUUUUACCGACACUGCUCUUAUGGAACACGUCACCGCUGAACAUGCUGACACCACAUUAGCUGUCGUAUGUCCAGUGUGUGCGUCAAUGCCGGGCGGUGAACCAAAUUUUGUGACGGACGAUUUCGCUGGACAUCUCACACUGGAACACAGGACUGGACCGAGAGAUCUAAUAUCAUUUCUGGACGAACCGAGCGGCAUUAGACAUGGUGGUGUCCGCAGGAUGCCACCCUCGGGACGAGGAGUCAGCAGGGCCAGGCGUACCAACAUGCAGUUCAGGUCGUUCAGCACGAGCGGCGGUAUAUCGUCGUUGUCGCCGUCGUCGCGGGACGCGGUCGUGGAUCCCAUCGCCGAGCUGCUGUCGCAGCUGUCGGGCGUGAGGCGCGGCGCACAGCCCGGGACGCCCUCGCAGCUGCAGCAGUUGCAGAUGCAGCUGCAGCUGGAGAGACAGCAGGCUACGGCCGCUAGACAACAGCUGGAGCGCCUGCCGCGGAGGCCGGCCGCGUCGUCAGCGAGCGCGCCCCCUCCCGCGCCACAACCCGCGCCGCAACCUCCGCCACAAACAGAUAGCGACUCGCAGUUCCUACUGGCUGGAUUCUUAGGUGUAUCGAACGGGACGGACGUGGCCGAGGCGGAGUCCCGCGCUGCGUUGCUCCGCGGCCUGAUGCUGGCGUCGCUGGGUCGAGCGGCGCCUCCCCCCGCGGCACGCGCGCCCCCGCCGGCUCCCCCUGCGGCCCCCGCGGCCCCGGCGCCUCAGGCCCCCCGCGCCAAGCCCCAGCCCCGCACUAAGACGGGCCCGCCGCCGCCCCCGGCGCUCCCCGCCCGCCCCCGCCCCGUCUGACCCCCCUCCCCCGCGCCCCGGCACAGACUAUACGUCCGAGGACGUUCGUCAGUCGGGCGUCACGGUCGCCUAUGUAUUAUUAUUUAUUUAAAGUAAUCCGUCUGUGAUUACGGUUAAAACGUUGUUGUGAACCGAUGACCGAGUCGCGCGUCCAGCAACCGGCCGCUAGAUGUCGCCGCGAUCGAUGAGCCGUUUCAUCGCUAACACUUCAUAGUGGACGCUUAUGUUUGUUUUGUUGGCUUUCAAAUUAUCAGUGUGAUUUUUCUUUAGAGAAUACUUAAUAGUCGAUAGUCAUGGAAUGUUUUAACGAUUUAAACUAUAUAGGAUAAUGGACACAGGUGGCUGUAAAUUAUUGAAAUAUGAGAGGAGUCCUCGUUGUGAUUAGAAGUUAAAAAAAAAAAGUUACACCAAAUAAAAGAACAGUAUUGUGAGGAAGAGAUCUUAUUGAGAUUAUAUAUUUGUGGAAUAUUUGUUGAUGGAAAUGAUUGAUACAAGUAUUUUUAUAUCCGAACAUCCGACGCUAUACGCCUCGUUAGUGACUCCUCUCGAAAUCCACGAGUGAAUACUAUGAAAGACUUCUCACACGUCACUGGCUAUUCAAAGUGCUUAUUAGUUCGUUCAUUAUACUCCCAACAUUACAAAAUGUUUGUAUGUAACCCUAAUUAAACUCUAUAAUAUUA